AUGGAAGAACAACUGGAACAACACUAUAUAGGAAUUAUUGGUAGGUAAUUUGUUUUUAUUUGGCAAAGGAAGAAAAAACAUCAAGAACCUAAAUUUCGAUGAAGCUUGGUGGAAAUACAGAAUUGAGCAUGCUAAUUGUUAUAUGAGAGGUGAAAGUCAUCACGAACUCCUGCUGAUACUGGUAUGGAGCUACAAAGUGUCAGUUUUUCUGCUUUUCACACGAAACAUUCAAAAAUUGCAAAAAUCAAGUGCAAAUUUUUGCUCACCGAAUCAAGGUGCAAAAAGUGUGAAAGACUGAUAACUUUGAAGCUUCAUAAAAGCGCUCACAUGGUUCUGAUGCAACUUUCAACUUCGAGACACGAAUUUUUACUUUUUUUCGCUUCCACCAAGUUUCAUACGUUUUUUAUAUCCUUGAGAAACAACAUUCGUUUCUACUGGAAUUACGAUAAUGGCUUUUUUGCAGAUAAAUCUCGAAAUCGGGACGCGUUCGGACGACAAACAAUCGGCAGGAAAAAUCUUCAAACAGCCAUUCGAGGAAGUUUUUAUAAUAAUUUUUUGUAUAUUUUUUGCACAUUUUUCUUCGAUUCAAAUAUGUUAAAAAAUUUGUUGUAACUCAUUUUUUCACAUUUUUGAAUCGAAGAAAAAUGUGAAAAAAUUGGACGCACCCGUUUUUUUCACAUUUUUUCAAGGUAUUUUGUGAAGAUCAAAUGUGAAAAAAUUAGCUCUGACCGAUUUUUUGACAAUUUUUAUCACUGGAAAAUGUCAAAAAAUUGGUUGUGGCUGAUUUUUUCACAUUUUUUCUUUGGAAUUGGGAGAUGAAAUGUGAAAAAAUGAGAUGCAGACGAUUUUUUUACAUUUAUAUUCAACAUUGUUGUUCCUUCUUUUGUUUAAUAAAUUGCUUUUGAAAAAUGGUUUUUGGUGAGUGUUCAAAAAAAGCAAGGCUAAUGAGAAUAAGAGUUUUUCUUGACAGUUUCUUGGAAAAGUUGGAAUUGCAUACCGAUUAUCAGAUAUGUGUCUGUUUUUUCAACAUGGUGCGAAUGAACGACAGUUUUCAUCAACUUGACUAUUUAUAACAUACUUAUGAAACUGGCCUAUUCUUAUAUCUCAUUAUAGUUGGACAACGACUCAAGUCGACUCAAGUCGACUCGGAGUCGAUAAGACAGCUGUUUUCGACUCGACUAACGACUCGAGUCGUUUAGUCGAAAAGGUGAGUCGAUUAGAAAAUGACUCGAGUCGAGUCGAAUGGUUUUUUCGACUCGACUCGACUCCGAUGGUCAAAUUUCUCAUGGUGGGUGGGGCUUUUGUAAUAUGGCUAAGGUGUUGGCUUAGAUGGUGAAUAUUGGAUGAUGAUUGGUGAACAUGGUGAUAGUGCACCAAAUGCACCAAUAAUGGGAAAUUGGUGUGAUUGGUGCAGUUGGCGCAAUUUUAACCAUUGGUGGAAUUUGUUGAAUUGGUGGAUGGUGGAAUUGGCGAAUGGUGGAUGGUGGAAUUGGCGAAUGGUGGAUGGUGGAAUUGGCGAAUGGUGCAAUUCGCCAAUUGGUGUGAUUGGUAUAUUUGGUCAUUGGUGCACCAAUUGGUGA